AUGCCUGGUGCGAGAGUCGGGAGCAAUGGAGGAGAGGAUUGCUGCACAGUCGAUCACAGAGCUUCGGGGGCUCACGGCAAAUCUGAAUCGACAUCCGACACUGUUGCUGGCCGCCUUGCAUCAGUGGGAUUCCACGCUCCAGCCGUCCAUGGAACAGAAGAGACCUCACGAUCUUCGAAGAUGCCAAUCUCUUGUUCCCACAACCCACGCUCUCUGACCUCGGAUUUCGGACCUCUACUCGAGCAUACACCUCAUUUGAUCGACGAUGACCCUACCGAACCAAGAAGCGCUGAAUUCUGCCUGCCGCCAGCGGCGGCAGCCCGGCCACGCGAAUCAUUCGCAAGACAACUCGGUGAACAAGACAGAAGGGUAAAGCUUAAGGACCCCACCGCUUGUGUGCCCGUUGCGCAGUCGUGGCACAGUGUUUCCGAGGUCAAUUUAGAUCAAAUCAUUCUUGACAGCAUUGAUGAGUACCGGUCGCAACGGAAUCAAAACCAGAGACAAGAUACCCUCUUCGCGCCAAACUCACCAAAUCUGCCCGAACCAUCCACGCGACCCGGGGGUUUGGCUUCACCUUUCUGCAGGCCUGACUCAAAGACAGUCUGGAAACUCAACCAUCCCAACAGACAAGAAUAUCAGCGAAUGAAGCAGGAUUGGCAAAAGCUCGAGUGGGACGAUGAAAUGUGUGGGUACAGACGUAUUCUCGCCGCGAGCUGGGCUUUGACCUCGGUGGUAGCAUGGGGUCCCGAGGGACUUCUUCGAUUGGGAGGACAGACGGCAGAGCACGAGCAGAAUGGAGCAUCUCUGCAGGACCGGGCUGUAUCGUGGAUGAGGUCUCUGAUGGAAUGUGUGGUCUAG